GGAGGAUCCUCACUCAGUGCAACUUGUGUAAGGAGCAGGAGCCCUCAGCAGCACCAACAUCUGGGCACUCACAUCUCUGCUGCACCAGGGCAAGGGACGGGAUAUGGCUACUUCUAUACUUGGGGAAGAGCCAAGAUUUGGAACAACUCCCCUGGCCAUGCUAGCUGCCACCUGCAACAAGAUUGGGAAUACAAGCCCCUUAAGCAGCCUGCCCGAGUCUAGCGCAUUUGCAAAAGGAGGCUUUCACCCCUGGAAACGCUCCUCAUCAAGCUGCAGCCUGGGCUCCAGCUUGGGGGGUUUCACUGUCGCUACCAGCAGGGCCUCCAGCGCCCUUAGUGGGGGAACAGCCACUGCCAACAGCGCCUUCUGCCUCGCCUCCACCUCCCCGACCUCCUCAGCCUUCAGCAGCGACUACAGCGGCCUGUUCACCAACGCCUCGGGGGUGUCACCACAGGAGGCCGGCCAAUCCGCUUUCAUCUCCAAAGUACACGGCGCCGCGGAAAGCCUUUACCCACGGGUGGGCAUGGCGCAUCCAUACGAAUCCUGGUACAAGUCCGGCUUCCAUUCAGAGGUGGCCAAUGGGGCCUCUACUUGGUGGGACGUGCACGCUGCCAGCCCCAGCACCUGGCUGGAUGUGCAAAACCAGCCGGCUGCCGCCGCUGCUGCCCUCCAGGGGGCGUUACACUCUGGCGCCCCCCACAGCCAGCUCAGCGGAUACAGCCCGGAUUUCAGCUCCCUCACCCACUCCGCCUUUAGUUCCACUGGUCUAGGCUCUAGUGCCGCUUCUCACUUGCUCACCACCGGCCAACAUCUGCUCACACAGGAGGGCUUUAAGCCAGUACUGCCCUCAUACCCAGACUCAGGCACUUCUAUGUUAACUGGAGCCUCUGUGGCUGCUGCAGGGGGAGGAACAGGCCGCUCCGCACGGAGAUACUCAGGCCGGGCCACCUGCGAUUGCCCGAACUGCCAGGAAGCGGAGAGGCUGGGACCCGCAGGGGCGAGUUUGCGGAGAAAGGGGCUGCAUAGUUGCCACAUUCCAGGGUGCGGUAAGGUUUACGGCAAGACCUCGCAUCUCAAGGCUCACCUGCGCUGGCACACCGGGGAGAGGCCCUUCGUUUGCAACUGGCUCUUCUGCGGAAAGCGCUUCACCCGCUCAGAUGAGCUCCAGCGGCACCUCCGCACCCACACGGGAGAAAAGCGAUUCGCCUGCCCAGUUUGCAACAAGCGCUUCAUGCGGAGCGACCACCUGAGCAAGCACAUCAAGACUCACAACGGGGGUGGAGGGGGGAAGAAAGGCAGUGACAGCGACACAGACGCCAGCAACCUAGAGACCCCUAGAUCUGAGUCUCCCGAACUGAUCCUGGAGGGGGUGCGACCAGGAAAAGAUGCGGUCAAUGAUUCUUAGGGCGGCAGUAAAACGACUUCUUAUUGACUGUGCACUGGGCUGGUUUGUGCUGGCAGCACUACCUGCAAAAACUUUGUCAACUAGAGCAAUAGUGGCAGAUAUAUGGGGAGAAACGAACUCAGAUAUUUUAUUCUGUCAACUUCCCCCUGCUUUUCAUCCACACAAAAAGACACAUUGUGACUUAAAAUUCCACAGUGGAUUAUGGCACUCAAAUUCUUUUCAAAUCCUUGUUUAAGAACAUACGUUUUUAUUAUUUAAAAAAAAAAAAAAAACUUUCAAUAAAGAGAAAAUCUUCAUUAAAGAUUUUAAGGUGAGGAGCUAAAAACACACAAAAAAGAACGCAGGACUAUUUCUCAAAAACUGUAUAAAUAGUUUUCAUGAGGUUGUGUUGAUUUUUUUUUUUAUUAUUUGUUUUCCCUUGUAAAAUGUUUAAUAGUUUUAUUUUUUGUGAAUUCCUGAAAUUCAGGAGGUUCUCUUUUUAAUUUCUGAUGCACUUUGUGAAAGUCAAUAUAUAUAUGUAAAAGAUAUUUAAAUCGUUGAGUUAUCACUUCAAUCAGAAACGUAAAUUAAAAUCACUUAAGCAAAAUAAAUGCGUUUAUCUGUAUUAUAAAGAAAAUAGUCUUGAUAAUAUUUUGAUUUUUGGGAUUAUUAAAGAAUUCUGAUCAACA